UCGUUUCUAACCCCGGCUCUGCCAUCGAUUGCCUGUGUGGCCUUCCUUGGACAAGUCACUCGGGCCUGGUGUUCAGAGGCUCUCACUAUCCCACGGGAGUCAUCGGUACCUCUGAAAAUCAGGCCUGAAAGCUCCACCCUUGCUUGGGAACGAUAUGACUUUGCCUGCCUUCGUACAUCGCUCUUUUGUCUACGGCUGAAAAGCACAGUCAGUGCCAAGCGUGACGAAUCGUUAAAAGUGUCUCUCCCCUUUACAGCAGUGGCUGGCUCCAGGGGCCCCUCUGAAAGAGGGUUUCACACGGACACCAUGGUGAUUAUUUGUAAACGUCCCCCUGAGAAGAGCAAAGACGCCACCAACGCUUCCUGAAAGCAGCACAAAAUUGCGGGGGUCUCCCUGCGGAUGAGGGAGAGUCUGCCCGUGCAGCGUUCACACCGCAGGCAGCCCCCGUGAGCCCCUCGCUGGACGGGGGGGGGGCCAGUGUGGACCACGUGGUGCCGGAACUACAUUUCCCAUGACUCGCCUGGGAGUGGAAAGGUCAUUUCCGGCGGGGAACGCAGAAAGCAGCGCGCACGUGACUACGGCGUCCUGGCCCUUCCCGGGAGUGUCAGGCCGGUCUGCUGUAGAGGUAGGCGCGCGGGACAGGUGCCACGUUGCAGGGCUCACUCGCCUCUCGGGGACGUUGCUUUGCCUGGCACGGGGUCACUUGACACUGAGGCGCUACCAACGGAUCCCAACUGGGAUAGUUCACCGGAAUUUUCAGUAUGGCAGACCGGGGUAUGGAGAAAGAUAAAGGAGAGGGACUACUGAAAAGGGUGCAGGAACUGGAGGAAGAAGUGAAGAGACUGCAAGAGAAACUCUUGGAGGGCAAGGAGGGCACUGACAUAAAAAGGAACCCUUCAGCACUGGGGAAAACUAAGAAACGCCAGCAGCGGCCAUUUGAUUUUAGUGCCUAUGGCCGGAGACACGUGGCACUAAAGAUUGCCUACCUGGGCUGGGGAUACCAGGGUUUUGCCAGCCAGGAGAACACCAACAACACCAUUGAAGAAAAACUGUUUGAGGCGCUAAGCAAGACCCGGCUGGUAGACAAUAGGCAGACUUCCAAUUAUCAUCGCUGUGGACGGACAGACAAGGGGGUCAGUGCAUUUGGACAGGUGAUUUCCCUGGACCUUCGCUCAAGCCUUUCAGAGGGAAAGAAAGUGAAUGGUCAUGAGGGUGGCUUGGAAAACAAAACCAGUAGUCCUGCCAACGAAAUCCGCUACACCCAUAUCCUAAAUCGGGUGCUCCCUCCCGACAUACGUGUGUUGGCCUGGGCCCCUGUAGAACCCAGCUUCAGUGCUAGAUUCAGCUGCCUCAAGAGGACCUAUCGCUAUUUUUUCCCUCAUGCAGAUUUAGAUGUGGCCCUCAUGAAUGCUGCAGCACAAAAAUACGUGGGGACCCAUGACUUCCGGAACUUGUGCAAAAUGGACGUAGCGAAUGGAGUGACAAACUUCCAAAGGACUAUUCUCACUGCACAGGUGCAGCUGGUGGAUAGAGGAGGGGAAACUGGGCUACAGGACCCUUUCCAACUGUACCAGUUUGAAGUCACAGGCCAGGCAUUCCUCUAUCAUCAAGUCCGUUGCAUGAUGGCAAUCCUCUUACUAAUUGGACAGAGGAUGGAGAAUCCGGAGAUUAUUGAUGAGCUAUUGGAUGUAGAGAAGAACCCUCGAAAACCACAGUACAGCAUGGCAGUGGAAUUUCCUCUGGUUCUGUAUGACUGCGAGUUUGAAAACAUCCAGUGGAUCUACGACCGAGAAGUUCAGGAGUUUAAUGUUACUCACCUACAGCAACUCUGGGCCAAUCAUGCAGUCAAAACUCACAUGUUAUAUAACAUGUUACAGGGGCUAGACUCUGCUGUCAUACCCCUAGGAACAGGCCUAGAGAAGAACAGAAUGGUCCUCUGGAGAGAGGUGAAGCCCCCAGUCCAUAACCAGGUCAGCAGUUUCAUCGAGGGGGUGAAGGCCCGCACUUACAAACCUUUGCUGGCUCGUCCCAAGUGCGAAGGCUUGGAGUCCCGGAUUAAUCACUUUGUGCGCAGGGGACGUAUUGAGCUGCCACACUGCGGGGAGAAAGAGACUGGAGCAGACAAAGAGGAGCACCUAGAAACAAAGAGAGGCCACGGUGACACUGCAGAAAGAGAUAGUGAGGCUCCAGGACAAGCUGCCAAGCGAGUCUGUGUGGACACAGAGUCCAAGAGCUCUAAAUGAGAACUGGUCACGUGAUAGCAGAAGCAGGACCAUCUUUUGGGGGGGGGAGGAGAGUGGUCCCCUAGGAUUUUAGGAAACAAAACAUUUGGGGGUGGGAGGAAGGGCACAGAGGAGAGGAAUCCUUUUUAAAGGUGCAAUUCUGCACCUACUUUUUAAAAAUAUUAACUUCUAGGGGGCUGUUGAAAUACGGUAAUAUAGUGCAGAGGUUCUCAAACAGGUCCAUGGAACAUGCUGGGCAUAUGGUACUUGUUUUGCCUCCUUUUUACCAGCUGCUAAAAUGCAUUAAAAGUAGCUAACAUUGCUUUUCCAUGCAAGCAAUGGCUGUAUUUGCCACAGGAAUAUCAUGUGAUUGAAUGGAAGAAGUGGUGCCCCACGUAAUUGAGGACAAGUGGUUGAAACAAUAUUAGUGUGAUCCAGACUAGGAGAGUGAAAACGCCUACCCCUAGGGGGUAAACUGCUAGCUUACCUUCCGACUACACUGUUUAAGUGUGCAGGGCACUAGUGUGAGAACCACCAUUAUUUCCUUUCAUCCCUCAAUUUCUUCAGCCCUUUCAUGCUGCACUUUCUGCUUAAGCACUUUGCACAUGGAAGAGUUACAGCGUGAAACAGCUAGCACCCUGGCCAGGGUCCCUUUUCAGCCAGCUCCCUGGGUAAAGUGCUGUCUCAGGAACUGCUGCCAGGCUCCUGUUUGCUACACACAAUGCAUUUUGGUGGGUAGUACCCAAAAGUGGGAAGUAUGGCAGGUGUCAGGAUGCAUAAGUACUUUGGAGGAACCCAUGAAUUUUGUAGGUUCCUUCCCCUUCAUUCCUGCAGGCUUUAUUUAGUUGAGGAAGGUAAGAUACUUAGAGGCUACUAGGGUCACGGCUCUGUGGAAGUGUAAAUGCUUUGGGUAACAGUGCUGAUCAUGGAGACUACCUCCAGGCACCUUAAAAGUGCCAGCAUGAGACUAGGGAGCAAGGAAGUUUGAAAGAAAGUUAAUUAAAAGAAUCAUGUCAGAAAUAAUCAGCUUUUUCUGGAAGCAAAUAGGAUACAAUUUCAGAUGAAACACUUGUCCCAAUUACAAAUAGUGUGGGAUGGACAGCAGGAAAGACCGAGAAGGCUGGAGAAAUUAUUUUGGAAAAGAAGAGUCUGUACUGCAGGAGAAGAAAUGAAAGGCAAUAGUGGAAUGGCCAUGUCAGCAUGUGACAAUGUCUUAAUUUCUGAAUCAGAUCAUUAAACACUUUUCAGUUUUAAACUAA